UCCUACACAGAAAAGAUGGUGCUAGAUCUCCUGGGAUGCUUUUCUCCCCUCCUAUUGCUGCUGGGACUUUGGGGACCAAUGUAUCCAGUUUAUGCUUUGCCUAAGAAUCUCACCAAGGCUGAGUGGUUUGAAAUUCAGCAUAUACAACCAAGCCCUCUCCAAUGCAACAUGGCAAUGCAAGGUGUCAAUAAUUAUACUCAGCACUGUAAGCCUCUAAACACUUUUCUGCAUGACUCCUUCCAGAAUGUGGCUGAUGCCUGUGAGCUGCUUAAGACGAUCUGCAAGAAUAGCCAGAACAAUUGCCACCAGAGCCCAAAGCCUGUCAACCUCACUAACUGCAAUCUCACUGGAGGGAGGUAUCCUAACUGCCGCUACCAAGAUGCUCCCCAGUACAAGUUCUUCAUUAUUGCCUGUGACCCCCCUCAGAAGGGAGACCCUCCCUAUCAUUUGGUUCCUGUACACUUAGAUAAGGUUGUUUAAAGUUUUUAUCAUUUUGCCUCUC